AUGUCGAAGAUCUCCAAGGUUAACCAUGCGGCGGGCAUCUUCGCUGACAUCUCCGUCGAUGGCCCCAUUAUCGGUACCUUGGUCGCUAUCAUCGACCGAGCCAAGAACCUACCCAACCGGAAGACUAUGGGCAAGCAAAAUCCCUAUGCUGCAGCACGAUUGGGCAAGGAAGCAAAGAAGACUCAAACGGACUUGCGAGGAGGACAAACACCCCGAUGGGACUCGGAACUCCGAUUUACCGUACAUGAAUCCCCCGAUUACUUCAAGCUAAAGGUCUCCGUAUUCAAUGACGAUAAGAAGACCGACAUGAUCGGCGAGACCUGGGUCGAUUUACAAAGCUUGAUCAUUCCGGGUGGAAGUCAGAAUGAUCACUGGCACCCGCUUCAAUGGCGUGGGAAAUAUGCAGGAGAGAUCCGAAUCGAAAUGACCUACUAUGACACCAGAGAACAAGAUGAGGUCCUGAUUGGACGCCGACAAGAAGCCGCUGACCGAGUGCAAGUGGCCCUGCAGGGGCCCCGGCAAGACCAGCUCCUCCAGAACAAUCUCACUCUGCGCCUCCAAUUCAACACCCGGUCCCGUCGAGACCCGCCAUUCCGGAACAUUCAAACACCAUAUCUGGUGCGCCAGACACCAUCUCUCAUGCCCCGCGACAUUCAGAACCUGCUUACGAUACGUCAGCUUAUCGCGCACCUUCUCCUGUGCCGCCUGCCUCGCGGGGCGGGUAUGACGGUACCGAUAACUACACUCAAGAAUGGGACAUCCCAGCUGUUGCUCCUCUCCGCAGACAAAUCACCCAUGAACUGCCCUCCAAUGAAGUUGUUGAAACUUCCUUUGAUUCGCGUUUAUUGCAACAGCAGCAGCAACAUCUACAACAACAACAACAACAAGAGCUACAGCAACAAGAGCUACGGCAACAAGAGCUACGGCAACAAGAGCUACAUCAACAAGAGCAGCUACGGCAACAAGAGCAGCUACGGCAACAAGAGCAGCUACGGCAACAAGAGCAGCUACGGCAACAAGAGCUACGGCAACAAGAGCUACAGCAAAAAGAGCAGCUACGGCAACAAGAGCUACGGCAAGAAGAGCUACGACAACAAGAGUUACAACAGCAAGAGCUACAACAACACGAGCUGCAACAACAGCGACUGCAACAACUACAGCUGCAGCAGCAGCAACUGCGGAACCAUCCCGAGUAUGACCAGCCAUCUUCGAGAGACUAUCGCCUCGCCAGGCAAGACCAUUACGAGGCAGAUCCCCAUGAGGAAGCGCCAUACCAUUCCAUACAUCCAGAUCUCUAUGCUCAGAUAG